CACCUACCCGGAUUCAACGCUGCGACCGCCGGCCACGGGCCCGGCGGGGUACCGGGCAGGGCUUCACGCCGCGCUAGUCGCGUCCUUGCCCAGACUUUCCAGCCUUGGGCCCAGCCUGGGGGACUGGGCAUGGAUUAGCAGCCAGGAGUCAGAGGUCCCAGUCCCCGCGCGCUCCGGCAACGCGGGCGGGUGGACAGGGCUCCUCCUCGCCAAUUUGUCUGGCCCCCUCCCCCCGCGUAAAUCUCUCGUGAUGAGAAAAGCAAGGCUCGCAGGAAGCCACUCCGGAUGUUUGCUGCUUUUCAUGUGGCAUUUGUGGCUGGCUCUGAUAACAUCCAGAGCUCGACUUCCAACGCCGCGUUUAGUUAAGAGACUGAAAUAGAAGAGUCCACACACACCUCGUGGACGUCUGCGGCGCCGCCACCCCCAACCCCAACACGCUCCCCUCAAAUCUAUGAUAAAAGCAGGAUCAGAAGCCUGGAUGAGCACAGGUAACUGCCUGCUGGAGGGACUCGUCUUGGAAAGGCACCACAAUUCCUCUCUUGUAAAUAUAAGUAAAUCGUUAUAACUCCUAGGGAGAGUGUUAUAAUAAGUAGGGGGUGGAGGGACAUCAAAAUCUGAAGCUACAUCUCCAUCCUAUGCAUCCUGUGCUCUCACCUAAUUUUUCAAUAUCUUAAAAAAAAAAAAAGCAGUAGUUAGACUCCAAGAACAAGUGCAGAUAAUAACUCCAAGAAUAAGUGCAGAUAAAAAACCCCCAUCAGUUUCUUGACCUUCUUGGCACCUCUUCCUGUAAUGAGGUGGCCAAGAGGCACCUAAGGAUGAAUAAAAUGUACAGGGUAAACCUGUGCAUAUAUAUAUUUUGAACUUACACCUGGAUUGCAUUUCCUGUACCCUAUGUUAUUUUUUUUAUGGAAUUCAUCAAAUAGAAUCAUCUAGAGAGAUAAAUGUAGUCUGGAACAGGCAUUAUUUUUGUUUGGUUUUUCUUUUUUUUUUAAAUUUUAUUUUAUUUUUAAACUUUACAUAAUUGUAUUAGUUUUGCCAAAUGUCAAAAUGAAUCCACCACAGGUAUACAUGUGUUCCCCAUCCUGAACCCUCCUCCCUCCUCCCUUUGUUUGGUUUUUCAAUCGAUAUUUUAAGAAAACUCCUAUUAGUUCACAAAACUUUUGCCCUAACAGAAAAUCCUGCUUUGAGAUCUUUGGAAAAUAUUUAUAACUUUGCAAUAAAGAGACGAUCGCCAAGAAAACAUCAAGGAACGAAGCCCUACAGGAUUAAUUUAUUCUCUCUACUCCUAUAGUUUCCUUACUUAGAUAACCAGUUGCAAAGCAAUCAUGCUUAAUUUUCAAGCCCAUAUUUUUCUCUUACAGAAAAAUAAGCUCUUAAAGGAAAAGUGCAUAAUCAGUUAAAUGUGUUUAAGAUUAUCAGUUGUUUCAAAACCAUCUAUUAAAAAUAACACUUCUCCAUUAUUUCCUUAAGCAGAUUAACUUUUUUUCUUGUCUGAAUCUCAGAGACCCAGGAACUACAACCACUUUUUGGCCACUGAAGGUGGGGGUGGGGGGCAGCCUAUGUCACAGAUACUCAAGGAAUUAAGUUGGCUUAAAACAAGUGUGCAGAAGUUCUUUGGAGAAAUAGCAGACUCAGAGAAACUGAAGGCCAAUUGCUUUCAAAGGCUGUUUCUUUGUUUUUAUGAAUGCCCCCAGUAAGCAGUCUUGAUAGACCACUUGUCAAGCAGUGCCACACUGCAAGCUUCAGGCCUUACCUCCCAGAUCCCGGAUGUAAGCCCUAGUUUUCAUCGUCUCUUCACAGUAAACAAAGCAAAUCUGUUGUGGAGAUUGAUAAAAGUUGUCUAUUUAUGCAGAAGCGGCUGUGUUCACUGCUUUAGCAAACAACACAACACAUAAAUACACAAAUGCAACAGCUUGGGUUAGUGGUUAAUAGUGCCAAGUCUGAGGGCAGACUUCUGGAGGUGAUUCCACUCCCCAGUGCUGUGCUAGUGGGCAAGGUCCUUAACGUCUCUGGGCCUCAGCUUCCUCUCCUGUAAGAUAGAAUGGGCUCUACCUCACAGGGUUAGAAGGAUAAACUUGUUGGCUGAUGUUUGGUGUGCUGUAUGUAAGUUUGACAGAAGGGUUUGUUUACAAACCCACAAAAAAGGCCUCUCGAAUUUAAACAGAAGUUUAAAUCUUAAAAGUUUUCAUUCCAGUCUUGAGAAACACUUCAGAACCCCCCAAUACCUUAAACUGACCCCAAGGGGUACAGGUAUUUUGUUCCUCAAAGGUUGCUUUAUUUUCUCCAUUCGACAGGCGUUUAGAUAAAUAUCGCUAUCUUUACCACAUUUAAGAAAUCAAAACUAAAUCUUGCUUUUUUUCCUGAACACAUAGGAGGACAUUUUGUUAAGUUUAUUAAACAUUUCCUGUACAUAUUUUCAAGGGUGGGUUAGUCUCUUUGGAUAAAACUUUAAAAAAAAAAUUCUUCAGGAUGACAUUUGUAAUCUUGUUUCGAAAGUAGAAUUUACCUCGGACAUAGAAUUUUGAAUAUAAUACAGGUACGUCGAGUCCUUGGGGAGAGAAAGUAUUUUCCAGUUCGGAGACGAUGUCCGUGGGACUCUGGGAAGAAGGCGAGACCCCCACCGCUGAAAGCUCCUCAGCUCCAGGUUGAGUGGGUGCUUCCUGCUUCGAUCCGGACUGCGGUGGCCAAGUACUUCUAGGCAGCAGGGCGAUCAGCACCCUAGAAAGUUGACCAGGGGUCCCCCUUGGACAGUGGGAGCCGACGCGGCGCCAAAGCCCGGCUCUAGCCCGUUCUCUCAGGGGCAGGUGUCGCCCUGGGCGCGGGGCCGGGGAGGGGGGAAGGGCGGGCGUGGGGUUGAGCUGAAACUUGGGACCUGGGCGGCGGGCUGGGCGUGGGCCUAACGUCGCCGGCCGGCCCGCCCCCGCCGCUCCAUUGGCCGGGUCUGUGCAGAAAAGGCCCGGCGGCCGGGGGGCGCCCGCAGUGGCACUGGGCUGGAGGGGGCGCGGGCAGCGCCAGGGACUGCGAUCGAUCUGCAAGGAACGCGGGCGGCGGGGUCCGGUCGGGGGACGCGAGCGGCCCGCCGGGCAUCUCCUCUCUCGCUCCCCACCCCCUCCCCCCGGCAGGGGGAGGCGGCGUGUCCGGCGGAGAGUUGCGGGGCGCAGGGCCGGGCUGGAGCGCCAUGAGCAGCCCGGAUGCGGGGUACGCCAGUGACGAGCAGAGCCAGCCCCGGAGCGCGCUGCCCGCCGUGAUGGCCGGCCUGGGCCCCUGUCCCUGGGCCGAGUCGCUGAGUCCCCUCGGGGACAUGAAGAUGAAGGGCGAGGCGGCGGCGAGCGGCGGUGCGCCGGCCGGGCCGGCGGGUCGAGCGAAGGGCGAGUCUCGCAUCCGGCGGCCGAUGAACGCCUUCAUGGUGUGGGCGAAGGACGAGCGCAAGCGCCUGGCGCAGCAGAACCCAGAUCUGCACAACGCCGAGUUGAGCAAGAUGCUGGGCAAGUCGUGGAAGGCGCUGACGCUGGCGGAGAAGCGGCCGUUCGUGGAGGAGGCCGAGCGGCUGCGCGUCCAGCACAUGCAGGACCAUCCCAACUACAAGUACCGGCCGCGGCGGCGCAAGCAGGUGAAGCGGCUGAAGCGGGUGGAGGGCGGCUUCCUGCAUGGCCUGGCCGAGCCGCCGGCGGCCGCGCUGGGCCCCGAGGGCGGCCGCGUGGCCAUGGACGGCCUGGGCCUGCCCUUCCCGGAGCAGGGCUUCCCCGCGGGCCCGCCGCUGCUGCCCCCGCACCUGGGCGGCCACUACCGCGACUGCCCGGGCCUGGGCGCGCCCCAGCUCGACGGCUACCCUCUGCCCACGCCCGACACGUCCCCGCUGGACGGCGUGGAACCCGACCCGGCCUUCUUCGCCGCGCCGCUGCCAGCGGACUGUCCGGCCCCUGGGCCCUACAGCUACGCCCCGGCCGCGGACUACGCUGGGCCCCCGGAGCCGCCCGGCGCGGGGCCCUUGCACCCGCGGCUGGGCCCGGAGCCUGCGGGCCCCGCGAUGCCGGGCCUCCUCGCGCCCCCCAGCGCCCUGCACAUGUACUACGGCCCCGUGGGCUCACAGGCGGCGGCGGCAGGGGGCGGGGGACGCGGCUUCCAGAUGCCGCCGCAGCCGCCCCCGCACGGCCCCGGGCAGCCGUCGCCCCCGCCAGAGGCGCUGCACUGCCGGGACAGCGCAGAACCGGGCGCCCCGGCCGAGCUACUCGGGGAGGUGGAGCGCACAGAGUUCGAACAGUACCUGCACUUCGUGUGCAAGCCGGAGAUGGGGCUCUCCUACCCGGGACACGACGCCGGCGUGACCCUGCCCGACGGCCACGGGGCCCUGUCCUCGGUGGUGUCCGACGCCAGCUCCGCGGUGUAUUACUGCAACUAUCCCGACGUGUGAGCCGUCCCAGCCCGCCGGGCCUGCGGCCAGAAGCGCGCACAGUGUUACACACCUCCCCAAGGAUUGAGGGACACAGCCUCGCGUCGCAUUGUGUUGUUUUUAAGUUGCCUUGGCGUAUAAUUUAUGGUAAUUUAUUUUGUCUGCCACUUGAACACUUGGGGGUGGGGUGGGGAGUAAAACGGGGGGGAGGUGACGUCUGAAGAUUGGUUCAGACCCUUGUUUCCCACAGUGGCCCUUGUCAAAACCCCAUUUCCAAGUUCAAGUUCACCAGUGGGUCCGGAACAACUCGCUCCGUUUCUCAAAGCUUUAUUGAUCAACGAAAUUUUUAUCCCGGGUGUGUUUUUUUUUUCAAUCUUUAAAAAUAAAAUAAAAUCUGGAAUUCCACUUUUCUCACUCUGCUAGCUCCUCUGUCACAAAAGCAAGUUUUUGAGAUCCCUGUUAAGUAUUUAAUAGAAUUAGAAAUGCUUUAACUAUAACACUAAACAUAUAGUCACAGUGAAUUUCUCAUUCUCUUGUAAUAGUAGACCUGAAUGACUUGAAGGGGAAGCCCUCAAAUAAACAUUUGGGCAUCCCUAGUUGGUUUUGCUAGGGGAAAGGAAACUCACAGAAUGAGCCUAACUUAUGCAUUUCAGGUGACCCUAGUCUCUACAUAGUAAAGGUUAAUCAUAAUUCUCUAAAUAUUUUCAGUUUUGGUAUAUCACUUUCAAACUCAGAAGAAUAUCCAGGUAACUUUGGUUGAAUCUUGAGACCUGCAUAAGAGGCUUUUGGAUAUAUUUUUUCUUUUCUGCAUUUCACCAUGAGUCGUUAAAACUCCCUCUCAAUACCGAAAUCGCCAGUCAUCACAGGUCUACACCUUGGAAACCAGUGUUGCUGGGUUAAAAAUAAUUGGAAAGAGUCAUAGGAACUAAUCAAAAUAAAAUGUGCAUUGUGACCUCAA